GCAGUACUGGGCCGCUGCUGCCGCGCACUGCCUGCUUUGGCCGAGACGAGCCCCCCGUUUCGCUCCCAUCUCGCGACACUCUGCCCACAGCUCACUCGCCUCCGUCUCUCCCCGUCAAAAAAGCCACCCCCGUCCCCCGCGCCGCGCCACCCGCCUUUGGCCUCUGGCUGGCACCCUUUCCCCCGCCUAGAAACCCGAGCUCUCCCUCUAGCCUUCUGCCGCACACUUCCGAGUUCCGAGUUCCUUCCGCCACAACAUCCACACGCAAACCUCGCGAUGGCCGCGUCGGAAUCCGUGCCGUUCUGCGUCAAAGGGGGCGGGGGCGGCGGCGGCGGCGCGCCCAGGCCGCACGGCCACCUGGUGCUCCCGGCGGGGCGGGUCCGCGAGGGGCUUGCGUUCGCGGCGGGCGCCGUGGUGGCCGCUCUCGUGCUCCUCUCCUCGGCCUCCGUCCUCGCGCCGCCGCCCGUGCCCAACAUCGUCUCCCUCCCCCUGUCGUCGUCGUCGCCCGCCAACGCCAACGCCAAAGCCGCCAUCUCUUCCUCCCCUGCCGUGGCCGUCGGCGAGGGCCCGCGCACGUUCUACGACGACAGGGAGCUGUCGUACGCCGUCGGGGGGCGGCGCGUCACGGGCUGGGACGCGAAGCGCGCGGCGUGGCUGCGGACACGGGGCCUGGACGGCGCGGCGGUCGCGGGGCGGGUGGUGAUGGUGACCGGGUCGCAGCCGGAGCCAUGCAAGGGGCCGGGGGGCGACCACGCGCUGCUGCGGUUCCUCAAGAACAAGCUGGACUACUGCCGCCUCCACGGGAUCGAGCUCCUGUACAACACCGCGCUGCUGGAGCCGUCCAUGGUGGCGUACUGGGCCAAGAUCCCCAGCGUGCGCGCCGCGAUGCUGGCGCACCCGGACGCCGAGUGGGUGUGGUGGGUGGACGCCGACGCCGUGUUCACGGACAUGGACUUCUCCCUCCCGCUGGAGCGGUACCGCGAGAGCAGCCUGGUGGUGUACGGGUGGGAGCGGGAGGUGUACGAGGAGCGGUCGUGGGUGGGGCUCAACGCCGGCGUCUUCCUCAUCCGCAACUGCCAGUGGUCGCUGGACCUCAUGGACGCGUGGGCGCGCAUGGGCCCGGCCUCGCCGGAGUACGCGCGGUGGGGGAAGACGCUGCGCGAGGAGCUGGAGGGGAAACCCAACGACGAGUCGGACGACCAGUCGGCGCUCGUGUACCUCCUGUCCAGGCACCUGGAGCGGGAGCGGUGGGCGAACGCCACGUUCCUCGAGUCCGGGUACUACUUCCAGGGGUACUGGGCGGAGAUCGUGGACAGGCUCGACGGCGUGGCCACGCGGUACGAGGCCGUGGAGCGCGGCCGCGCAGGGGGCCGGGCCGGGCUCCGCCGCCGCCACGCGGAGCGGGAGCACCUCCUGUACGCGGCGGCGCGGCGUCAGGCGGUGCGGCAGCAGCGAGGGACCGGCGGAGGCGUGCCCGGGCCGGACGGCGGCGGGCAGAAGGGCUGGCGCCGCCCCUUCGUGACGCACUUCACGGGGUGCCAGCCCUGCGGCGGCGCGCCCAACCGGAUGUACACGCGGAGGCGGUGCGCCGAGGGGAUCCGCCGCGCGCUGGCGUUCGCGGACGAUCAGGUGCUCCGCUCCUACGGCUUCCGACACGCCGCGCCGCUCAGCGACAGCGUCACGCCGCUGCCGUUCGACUACCCCGCCGCGCACUGAUGGGCGGCCGCUUCGGUGGGCGGUGGGUUCGGCAACUGGCUAUGGCUAGGUUAAUUAAAUGAGACAAAACCAUGAAUGCAAUGCAAUGUGUCAAGUCACAGUGUGUGUACUAUACAUUUUGGAUUUGGGUGUCA